UUCUGGACCUUUUCUUUAUUCCAAAUGGGCAAAUGUUUUUCACGUCAACAAAGUACAGGCAAGUCUAGUCAUGAUGAUUCAGAAAAUUCGCGUUCAUCUGCUGCGAUAAGUGACAGAAGGCGAAGACAUUCAGUUGAUAGUCAAUCUGUGGAUAGUAGAGAUUUGGAUUCUGUGCAAAGGCAAAGAUAUGUUGGGCCAAGACAGCCGCCACAUUCAUCACAACAGCAGCACAAAUUGUCGGCUUCUCAAUUUGGUUAUUAUAGAGCUGGUGGAGCCCUACCUUCGGGUGCAAAUCGUUCAAUGUAUCAACCUGGAGAUGGCCAAAGAGCGCCUUAUUUUGGUAAUUAUCCUCGUCAUUAUAUAGUUAAUGGAGAUGGCUCUGGAAAAUCUACAGCAAUAACUUCAUUGGGUGGAAGCCCUUCUGUUGGAUUAGGUGGAAGAAAACAACAAAAUGAAACGGCUGAAGGAGAGCCCAAAGUUAUUGCCAUUUAUGAAUACCAAAAUCAUGUAAAGGGAGAUAUUUGUUUCGACAAGGGUGAUGUAAUGAUUUUAUUGAAUGACAGCAAUCCUGAUUGGUGGUAUGUUAGACACUUAAAAAAUGGUGAAGGAUAUGCUCCAAAGAAUUUUUUGGCAAAGAUGGAGUCGUUAGAGUCAGAAGAAUGGUAUGCUGGCAAAAUCCAAAGGAGCACAGCGGAAAAAUUGGUAUUAGCUGGUAAAAUGCCGCGUGGAACAUUUUUAGUUCGUAAAAGAGAAGGAGGAGAAUAUGCAUUGACUAUAAAUGAUUUGAAGGAUGAUUCUUUGGAUGUAAAACACUACAAAAUUAGGCCUUUAGACAAUGCUUCAGGCUUUUACAUAACUACACGUAAAGUAUUCCCGACUGUUCGAGAUUUGAUUUUCUAUUAUUCAAAAGAGCCUGGCGGUCUCUGUUGUCGUUUAACCUAUCCAGCACAAAAAAUAGCUCCAGUACGCCCAGAUUUGAGUUAUGAUACAGCCAAAAAUUGGGAAAUACCUAGAGAAGAACUUCAAUUAGUUAAGAGACUUGGUGAUGGUAAUUUUGCUACGGUUUACCUUGGAAGAUGGAGAGGAGUUAUUGAAGUAGCAGUAAAAAUGUUGAAGCCUGGAACAAUGUCUGUGGAGGCAUUUUUAGAGGAAGCUCAAAUAAUGAAACAGUGCAAUCAUCCUAAAUUGGUCAGAUUAUAUGCUGUAUGUACUGUUGGAGAGCCUUAUUAUAUAAUAACAGAAUUCAUGCGCAAUGGAAGUUUAUUGCAUUAUUUACGUAAUUUAAAUAAUAGAUUGAGUAUACACGCUUUGGUUGAUACAUGUGCACAGGUAGCAAGCGGAAUGAUGUAUUUAGAAAGCAGAAAAUUGGUACAUAGAGAUUUGGCUGCAAGAAAUGUUUUGGUUGGCGAUAAAAUUUCUGGUGUCCCCGAGGUUAAAGUUGCAGAUUUUGGUCUUGCAAGAAAAUUGAUGGAUGAAAAUAUUUAUGAAGCACAACUUGGGGCUAAAUUUCCAAUUAAAUGGACGGCACCAGAAGCUGCACAAUAUGGCAAUUUUACUGUUAAAUCAGAUGUUUGGUCCUAUGGGAUUUUGCUUAAUGAAAUUUUUACUUUUGGAACGGUGCCAUAUCCAACAAUGCACAACAAAGAAGUUAUAGCACACCUAGAAGAAGGCUAUAGAAUGCCCUGCCCAAAAGGAUGUCCAGAAGCUAUUUAUCUUGAAAUGCUAAAAUGUUGGGAUCGGAAUCCAGACAAACGGCCAACUUUUGAAUAUUUAUUUACAUUUUUUGACGAUUUUUUUAUUUCAAGUCAACCAAAUUAUGUCCCUCCAAGUGUUGAUGGUGUCCCUUUUGAAGUACAUUCUAUGGAUACAACAGAUGAGGGAUCUUCUAAUAGAAUGCCAAAAUAA